UUAACUUUCUUCCAAACACAAAGAUAUUUUUAUGAAAAGUGUUUACCCCUUUUACAUUUUUCUAAAAGAGGAAAAUUUGUAGUUAAGAAAUUAAAGAAAGACCUUCAGGUGAAAAGAGUUGAAGCCACUGGGUCAAACAAAAAAGAUGAGACUGAGACUACCACUGCCCUUAAUUUUCUAAAACCUUUAAAAGGGCUUGGCGACUCUACUUCAAAAGAUUUACUUUUGUCGGUUGGCAUAAAUCCUAUGGCUCCUUUGAAUAUGUUAACUAAAGAAAAAAGAAAACUUUUGCUUAGCGCUAUUAAUAGCAAAUGGGGGCUCAAUAGUUAUAAACAUUCUGUCGUGAAUCCCUCUUUGAUCCGCUACUCUAAUUCCAUGGGCUUUAGCGGUGCUGAAAGAGGACAACUUCUAUAUGAUGAACUUAAACGUAUACAAUUGCAAGAAACUAUGCACGAAUAUGACUACAAAAUGACGAACGCAUUUGCUAAAAUGAAGGAUACUGUUAAACUGAAGAGGUUUCAACUCGGGCUCCCUACGAAAGGCCAAAGAACUAGAAGUAAUGCACGUACUGCUAAAAGAAUAAAUAAGAGUUUAUAUAAUAAAUAUGUUCCAAAGUGA